AUGCGAACUGGCCUCUCCAAGAUCGUACGAAUGGUGGCUCAUAACGUCGGUCAGUCGCAAGUGACUUUCAUGGCGGAUCGAGCUCUCGCUAAUUGGUUCGGUCGGUAUCUCGGCAAAUACUGGCAACGAAAAUACAAGUUUGAUCUUAAGAAGGUCCAGGUGUCACCAUCGUGUACAGCGCAUGUACUGAGUCGUAUCGCAGCCGCUCAAGAGCCUCCGGAGACUUCCCGAUGGUUGAUGUAUCUGCAUGGUGGUGGUUUCUGCAUGCUGGAUCCGCGCUACUACUACGGCCUGGCAGCGCAUAUCGCUAGAGAUGGUCGUUUUCAAGGAGUUGUUAUACCUGACUUUAGAUUAUCUCCGGAUUUCGGGUACCCAGCUCAACUGGAGGACUGCCUUAGUACAUACAACUGGUUGAGAGAAGACCAAAAAGCGGCAAAAGUUGCGAUUGCUGGUGAUUCUUCUGGCGGAAAUCUUGCGGCUGCGGUGACGUUGGAAAAGAAAGAUACGCCUCCCGAGGCGGUAGCGUUGUUCUCCCCCUUCCUCGAUCUGACUAUCAGUGGUGAGACCUACGACCUUAACGCCGACACCGAUCGGCUGGUGUCCAAGACCAACGCAAGACGGGCUGCUGAGAUGUACGUCUCUGGUAAAUUCGAACCAAUAACUACAGAAGAGCUCAAAAGGGAGGGCUCUAAUCCUCUGGCAUCACCAUUGUUUGCGAAGAAUCUCCCAGCUGUUUUCAAGUCCACCAAAUUGCUCAUUCACGCAAGCCUUAGUGAAGCCGUUUUGUGCGACUCUGUGAAGUUCUAUGAGAAAGUCAGCGGUGUGUCGUUGCCGCCUCUAUCUGAGCUUGUGAAGCAGAAGGAGUAUUCACGGCAUGAAAAAAACGGCAAAGUAUUGGAAUUAUUCCCCCAUCAGCCACAUGCUUUCGAGGCUUUCGCGCCGAAGAAACCCUCGAGCGAGUUGGCCAUUGAGUCUGUCAGCCGAUUUUUCAAUAAGAGCCUCGCCGAUUCAGACGCCACCACAGAGAAGUCGAUUUAUCGUGACGGUGAUAAUUGA